AUGUCAUUCGAUUCUUCAAAAGAUCCAGCAGAUGAAGCUAUUCGCUCAACCAAUGAUGAUGCUACUGUCAGUCGCCUAUCGGCUGUUCGACUAGGUUAUUUUCAAGAUCCUUUUGUACAAUAUUUUGUAAAACGACCCACUAAACGCAUGCCUAUUAUCAACCGAGGUUCUUAUAUACGAAACUGUGCUCUUGAUACUCUGGUACGCCAAUUCUUAUCUCUUCCUUGUUCCACCAUAUCCAACAAGAAGCAAAUUAUUAGUCUUGGUGCUGGUUUUGAUACAAGAUAUUUCAUGAUCAAGUCAGGUGGUUUGGAUACUGAAACGAAUACUGGAUUGAAACAUACUUUGUCUAAUUAUUUUGAAGUUGAUUUUCCUGAAAACAUUGUCAAAAAGGCACGUAUCAUCAAGCAACGCAAGGAAUUACAAGAUAUCAUGACACAGGGCAAUGAUCAUCUUUCAUCUGAGGAAAACAAGGAACAAGGUAUACGUUUGGAACGUGGUGGAGCAGAAUUGUCUAGUCAUGAUUAUCAUCUGAUUGGUGGUGAUUUGCGACAAUGGGAUCAAAUAGUGGAAAGAUUACAAGUUCAUGGCUUUGACAAGAAUGCCCCUACACUCUUCAUCUCUGAAUGCGUAUUUAUUUAUUUGCCUCCUGAAAGUGCCACCUCUAUUUUGGAAUGGAUAUCUACCUCACUCUCUGAUUGUGCUUUCGCUCUUUAUGAACAAAUUCGACCGGAUGAUAAUUUUGGCAAGACCAUGAUUCGAAACUUGUUGAUCCGAAAUAUUGAACUGAAAGGAAUUCAUGCUUUUCCUAGCUUGGAACAUCAAGAGCGAAGAUUUCUUGAUUUAGGAUGGAAUUAUGCCAAAGCUGUUGAUAUCAAUACAAUACAUGACAAUAUCUUGACAUCUCAGGAACGAACAAGGAUUGCAAAACUAGAAAUGUUGGAUGAAAUUGAAGAAUGGAAACUACUCUCUGAUCAUUACUGUGUGGCUUGGGCAUACAAAUCGAAACAAUUCAAGGAUAUAUUUGCCAGUUCAUUUGGGAUUGAAAAAUCUUUAGUAUAA